UUUUUCUGGAUUGUCUGCAGGUUUCAGCAGCUAGAGAGGAAGUACCUGGCCGUCGUGGCUUCCCAGGUUACAUGUACACAGAUUUGGCACAGAUUUAUGAGCGUGCUGGGCGUGUGGAAGGCAGAAAUGGUUCCAUUACCCAGAUUCCUAUUCUUACCAUGCCCAAUGAUGAUAUUACUCAUCCCAUCCCUGAUUUGACUGGAUACAUCACUGAGGGACAAAUUUAUGUGGAUAGACAGCUGCACAACAGACAGAUCUACCCACCUAUUAAUGUCUUGCCCUCCUUGUCUCGACUGAUGAAAUCAGCUAUUGGAGAGGGCAUGACCAGGAAGGAUCAUGCAGAUGUGUCCAACCAACUGGUAUGCAGAAAACCUCAUCUGAAAACUUAGGGGCCUAUUAUU